GGUGCCGGCACGGCGCACCGCGGCGGCUCGCCAGGUCGGGUUGCCGCGGAGGAGGGCGGACAGGCAAACGCCGGAGCUGCUACAUCCGGGCUGCGGCGGCGGGCACCUGCCACGCAGGGGGCCUCGGUGACAUUGGGCCUUGGCAGCUGGAGGGAGAGGACGGCUCCGGAGCCUUGUAGAGAGCGAGAUCGUGGGCUGCGCCUGCUGCAGCCAUGUUUCGCGUUAUACUCACCCACGCCAAGAAGCACCCCAGCUUGAUCCCUCUAUUCGUCAUCAUUGGAUCAGGAGGCAUUGGUGCCGGCCUAUAUCUCAUGCGCUUGGCGAUGUUCAACCCUGAUGUCAGCUGGGACAAGAAAAACAAUCCAGAGCCUUGGAACAAAAUGUCUCCCAGUGACCAGUACAAGUUCUACUCAGUUAAUGUAGACUACAGCAAAUUUAAGAAGGACCGUCCUGACUUCUGAACACCACUCUCAUCUCCCUAAGCUGCACAGAAGGUCUUCCGGAAGCCGUCCGCACAAUUGUCAUGCUUAAUCAUCCAUGAAAUAAUCCCACUUGCCUCACACUGCACUUGGGCAUGUGUUUUGAAAGUGUUUUGAUGAGGCUUAAUAAACCUUUGAAACUUGGAA